AUGGCGACCCCAAUGAGGGAUAAAACAUGGAAUGUUCUUGAUGACAACAUUUCUACGCAGGUUCAAUUAAAAGUCAAAAGAGACGAUGCUGCUAUCAAUAGUCAGUUAUCACUAAAGGAUUGUUCAAUUAAGGAUGAACAGAUGAGACGAUAUCAAAGAAGCUUGGGCGAGUUUAAACAUAUUCUAAUUGGUUUGAAACAAGAAGAGGAAACGUUAUCUGAAACAGAUGAUAUUCAGGUGUUCGCCGAAAAAUUGCUAAGGCUUGCAUCAACCAUUGAAAAGGUUGAAAGUAGGAUCCAAGAAUUGGUUGGAAAAAUACAGUCCAUAGUAAUAGAAGAGAAUGCUGAUAGAUUACAUGAACACAUUGAUGCUACUCGAGUUUACUAUCUGUUUGAUACGCUAAGCUCAACUAACAAAAGGUUCUACCUUAAGGAUUAUGUUUUCGAUUAUAAGAGUACUAUUAUUGAGAAUAUUCCUAUCUUUUUGAGCAAUUUUAGAAAAUUCAUUAAGAAAUAUCAAUUCGAUGAUGUUUUUAAAAAUGAAAUCAUGGAAAUUGACCCUCGUGAGAACGAAAUCAUGUGUACGAUAAUAAAAGAUGGACUUAACGAACGUCUAGAUAUCACGGGCACACAUUCAACAAACAUUUUCAAAAUAAUCAAUGAUUUAAGAACUAAAUACCGAAUUCUUCAUGGAAGAGAAGUCAGGUUCAGGGCUUGGGAAAAAGUUCUAGUUGUCACAACAUGCAGAGAUUAUAAAUCACUAAUGGAUAAACUUCAAAAACUGGUUCUAAAGGAAAAAUGCAUCUUUUCAAAAUGCUGUCAAGAUUGUCCAACCCUUAGAUAUUAUUUACAAGAAGCAAUUUUGGGGACAUUGCAUGGAUCCUUGAGAAAUCUAGUUGAGCAACGUCUGCAUAAUCAUCCACAUGAUUCUCAUGUUGAUUACGAAGAGUUCCUAAUCAACACUGUUAUUGAAAUCCUUAUUGAUUGA